GUCUCAGUUUGACCCCCAGCGGAAGUAAAACAAAACGUCUCCAGCAGCAGCCUGUGUUUUGUUGUCGUUUCUCAGCUGAUAUUUCAGUAACAAUGUCUUCAGUUCAGCAUCUGAGGGAUUUUAUCAGACAGAGACUAACUGCUGCUGCGGAAGAAAUCUUCACCGAGGUUGAAAAAACCAUCAUCCGCUACGAGGAGGACAUUAAACUGCUGGAAACCUGCUGGAAACCUCGGAUAAAACUCACCAGAAUCGACGUCCCAAAGCAACAUGAAGAUGAGGAAGAGGAGGUUCUCACUGACAGCCAGCUCUGUAACCAGGUGAUGAGUUUGAAUAAGAAGCAGGAACAAUCAGAGGCUCCACAAGACACAGAGGAUCUGGAACAUCAGCUGCUGAAGGAGGAACCAGAAGCUUCAUUAGUUAAAGAGGAACAGCAGGAAGUCUGCUGCAGUCAGGAGGGACAGAGUCUUGAUUUCACUCACAUUAUGACUCUGCAACAAAUUGAUUUCAGUGAAGAAGAACCAAAAUUUGAGCAUCUCAACUCUAACAAUGUUUCUGCUCUGGAGAACCAAGAUGAAGCAGGAAGUGACAGUCCUGCGUUUGGGUCUCAGUGCAGAACGGUUCCAAAUGAAUCCUGUCAAUGUCAUGUCUGUGGGAAAACCUUUCAUUGUAAGUAUAACGUGUUGCGACAUCUCAGAGUCCACUCAGGCGAGAAGCCAUUCUCCUGUAAGAUCUGUGGGAAAGUCUUCACACAAAACUCUCACGUUAAAGAGCACAUGAAAAGGCACACAGGUGACAGGCCCUUUUCCUGUGAAACCUGUGGGAAAAGUUUUCCUAGACGUUUUAAUUUAAAGAUUCACAGAAAAACACACACACGCAGCAAGUUUAUUCCAUGUGAAACCUGUGGGAAAAGCUUUCGGGAGAAAUGCUACAAUAGGUUCCACAAGCAGACCCACACAUGUGAGCAGCCAUAUUCAUGUCUAAAAUGUAAUGAAAGCUUCAGCAGUGUGAGUGAACUGAACUGUCACCAGAGAGUCCACAGAGCUCUGAGAGAUAUCCAAUGAAUGAGCAACACGUGGGAAAAACGUCGGUUGAAGGAGAAUCCAGCUGGUUGGAUGAGAGCGGACUUUGACUGGACCAUGAUGGCCGGUUUCCCUGUGGUUGAUGUUCUGAUGAAACACUGUUGAUUGGUACAUGGAGGAUGAAAACAUUUGAGUUUACAACAGCUUUCAGAGACUCUGAUGAAUGGAUCUUUUCUCCUGAACACUGAUGGAAGGUUAAACCCCUAAACCCUCACCUGGACGCCCGCGUGCCGUUUUCCAUUGUACUUUCUGCGGCUGCCGGAGUUUAAACUGCCGGUGUCCAUUAUGACGCCUUUAUAGUGCAGCUUACUGCCCCCCCCUUUGAUUGACACCGCGUUAAACCACCGCGUUAACUUUUAGCCGUUUGCUGCUAUAGUCAGAGUGAGGUGGGUAGAGCAAGAAUGGGGGCCGAGGGAAUGAUGGUGCAGGAGGACCAGGGGGGGUUCGAAGAAGGAGAGAUGGUGGGGGGGUGGCAGACUAGAGUAUCGUUAGAGUGCAAGGAAGGGGGGCGGGUAACAUACUGCAAGAACGGCCUAUAAUUCUAAUAUAAUUAUGUAAUUAUUUCUAUAAUUCUAGGUCAUUUCCUCUGUCAGUGACGAUGUCUCUACCAGAGGAUUCCUCUCAUUAUCUUUCAUUAGAGCCUCACUGAUGACUGAAUGUUGAAGCACUGAGGAGUUACAGUCAUUUACAGUCCAAAUGGGUCAUCUGGAGACUCUGAAUGGAGUCAACAUCUGUACAUCCUCAACAGUAAACAUGUCCAAAACAACAUUUAUUUUUUGUGCUGUUUUGAUCAGUCUUGAAAUCCACGAGCAGAAUACUUUAUUCUACAGAUUUAUUGUAAAAAUAGAACAUUUAACUUGUCAUCUUUAUAAAGAGACCAAGUUUUGGCAUCUGCUCUAAACGGUUCAAGAACAGCAGCUGAUUUAAUUUGGGUUUACCUUUUCAGUUGUUUUGGUGAUUUUCUUACCCCAUGUAAGAAUUGUUCUGUAUAAAUAAAGUUGCCUUGCUUGUU